AUGCACGAUGGUCUCGUCCUCAACGAGACUUCCAGCGUCCUCGACAACCAGCUCCCGCUGAGAACAGUCGCGUCAUUCCUUGUUGAACUAAUCCAGCUCCUCAACAACCUAAUCAGGAUCGUAAAGAUGCUCCACGAGGAGCGACUAAAAGGACACUUCAGCAAGGAUUGUCCUACUCGACCAAAAGAGCGUAUGAGAGCCAUGGAUGACGAUCAGGGCGAAGACGUUGCAGAGACCGUCCAACCUGACAUAGAAGAUGAGUAUGGAGCACCGGAAGGUGAUGGGUUAGCUGAACCCCUCGAGGAGGAUGAGUACGACCUCUACAAUCAGGAAUAUGAUGGUGACCAAUAUGACGACGGAGAGCCUGACUCUGACGACAGAAUUGGGCUCAUGCACUAUGAAGAUGAUGAGGCCAAUAUCGCCGACUUUAUACUAUCGGAUGAUGGCGAAAGCCCUUAUGAAUCACCAUCCUGA